AUGCACCCUUUCAUCUCACUCUCGUUGGCUGUCUCGCUGGUCACCUUGAUCAAUUGUUCAUCUGCUUCGCCGCUGGCCAGUACUCAAGCAAAUCCAAAAUGCAGUGCCGGAGAUAUUGCAGUUGUCAGAAGGACUGUCAACGAUGAGACAUACUUUUGCAAGUGGUGGCUUUCCGAGUAA